AUGUCUGCCAAGGUACCUCGGAACUUCCGUCUCCUGGAGGAGCUGGAGAAGGGCGAAAAGGGCUUGGGCGCAGAAGCAUGCUCUUACGGUCUCGCCGACGGUGAAGAUAUGAUGAUGAGCAACUGGAAUGGAACCAUCCUCGGCCCGCCCCACAGCGUCCAUGAGAACCGAAUUUACAGUGUCAACAUUCAUUGCGGACACGACUACCCCGAUAACCCUCCCACGAUCCAGUUCACGUCGCGAGUCAACAUUCCUUGUGUCGACCAAAAGUCCGGCAAGGUUGACCCUACCAAGCUUCCUUGUCUCGCACAGUGGAAACGGGAAUUUACCAUGGAGACCGUUUUGAUUGAGCUUCGGAGAUACAUGGCUUUGCCUCAGCACAAGAAGCUCCCUCAGCCUCCGGAGGGCUCGACUUUCUAA